CUCUCUCUCUCUCUCUCUCUCUCUCUCUCUCUCUCUCUCUCACCAAAAAAAUUUUGAAAAAAAAGAAAAAAAGAAGCUUUGCCAUUUGAAGGACUCUCCAUCUUCUCAAUCCUCCAGAAAAGCAAACUAAGAAAAAUUUAUAAAAAAAAUGACUCUCAGCAGCAUUCCGAUCAGCGAGGGAGGCCGAAGGAAUCCGACGAUGAUUUGCGCUCCUGUAAUGGCAGAGAAUGUUGAUCAGAUGCUGUUAAUGAUGCGAAAAGCCAAAGAGCUCGGCGCCGACCUUGUUGAGGUUCGAAUUGACUACUUGAAGAACUUUAGCCCUCAUCAUGACCUCCAAAUUCUCAUCAAGCAGUGUCCUCUCCCCACUCUCAUCACUUACAGACCAACAUGGGAAGGUGGUCAGUUUGAUGGAGAUGAAACAAGGCGACAGGCUGCAUUGCGUCAGGCCGUGGAAUUGGGUGCUGAUUAUAUUGAUAUUGAGCUUAAGGUGGCUGAUGAGUUCUACAAAUUGAUUCAAGGCAAGAAGCCUGAAAAGGUCAAAAUCAUUGUUUCUUCUCACAACUAUGAAAAUACUCCAUCUGCUGAGGAAAUUGGCAAUCUUGCGGCAAGAAUACAGGCUACAGGAGCUGACAUAGUGAAGAUUGCAACAACUGCCCAAGACAUCACUGAUUCGGCUCGUAUCUUUCAAUUACUUGCACAUUCUCAAGUACCAACAAUAGGAAUUGUUAUGGGUGAAAGGGGCCUGAUGUCUCGCAUACUUUGUGCCAAAUUUGGAGGGUUUCUCACUUUCGGUGCACUUGAAUCAGGAAUCGUGUCCGCUCCUGGGCAGCCAACUUUAAAAGAUUUGUUGGAGUUGUACAAUUUCAGACAGAUAGGGCCCGAUACCAAAGUACAUGGGGUUAUUGGAAAUCCUAUUGGCCACAGCAAAAGUCCUCAUCUAUACAAUACAGCAUUUAGAUCAGCUGGUUUUAAUGGAAUCUAUUUACCUUUGCUGGUUGAUAGUGUCGCAAACUUUUUCAACACCUAUUCAUCUCCUGAUUUUGUUGGUUACAGCUAUACAAUUCCACACAAGGAGGCUGGACUUAAAUGCUGUGAUGAAGUUGAUCCAAUAGCCAAGGCAAUAGGAGCUAUUAGUUGCAUGGUCAGGAAACCAAGCGAUGGCAAGUUAAUUGGCUAUAAUGUUGACUAUCUUGGAGCUAUUGGGGCUAUUGAGGAAGCACUAGGAGGCUCAAAUGGUUCUAGCAACGGAGCUGUUUCACCUCUAGCUAGCAAACUCUUUGUUGUCAUUGGAGCUGGUGGGGCUGGAAAGGCACUUGCUUAUGGUGGAAAAGAGAAGGGUGCAAGAGUUGUAGUUGCCAAUCGCACAUAUGAAAAAGCUAAAGAACUUGCCAGUAAAGUUGAUGGAGAAGCUAUUACUCUUGCUGAAUUAGAUGAUUUCCAUCCAGAAGACGGGAUGAUUCUUGCAAACACUACUUCUGUUGGAAUGAAACCAAAAACUGAUGCAACUCCCAUUUCUAAGAAAGCUUUGAACCGCUAUUCCCUGGUUUUUGAUGCCAUUUACACCCCGAAAUGGACCAGACUCUUGCAAGAAGCACAAGAUUCAGGAGCCAAAGUUGUGUUUGGAACAGAGAUGUUCAUAAAUCAAGCAUUUGUACAGUUUGAAAGGUUCACUGGAAUGCCCGCACCAAAAGAAUUGAUCAGGGAAACCCUAGCAAAGAACACAUAAAAAGAAAUUGCUUGGUUAAUAUUGCCUUUUGGUAGCCGGAUCGAAUUACAGCUGACGCACUUCGAUUUCUGAAUUUCUUGUCAUUUGUUAUGUUAUUCUGUUGUAUAAUAAAUAUUCAUUUCAUGUUGGACUUCAAACAUGUAGCCUCACUUUAUCAAAUGGUAAGUUAUUAAAAAUGGGUGCCAAGUGAUUGGGAUUAAGCUCCUUUCUUUUUGUUUCC